UCGGGAAUCGCCGGAUUCUCUCUGCCGUCCAAAAUCGUUUGAUUGUUUAUUCAUUCAUUUUCAUUUUUGCUUACGUCGCGCUCACCGUUUGUCCAGUGUCGUAACGAUAAAAAUAAAAUAAAAAAGGUACAAUACGUACCGUUAUUUUGUAUUUUAAUGUUUGUUUUGAUUUUCGUUUCGUUUUUGCGUCAACAAAGUUGAAAUACAUUUAAUGUGAACCAAGGAUAACCUAAGGAUUUUUAACACUAAUUUGGAUUAAGACAUUUACAAUGAGGGCGUAUUUGUUGGCAACAGCAUGUGCAGUCUUCUUGAACUUGGCUUUAGCUGUUUUACCGAACAAACGUGAUGCAUCAUCGUAUACACAACUACUUCAAACUCCCUUUCAAAGUCAACCAACGGUUAGCAUAUCAUCAAUAUAUACUCCAUCUAGUACAUCUGGAAAUGGACAAUCUUUUGAUUUAGAAAAUGUUAACACACAAGAMAUUCAGGGUGAUUCUUCCCAAGCACAGUUGCAAUUAUUACAGAACUUUGGACAGCCUCCACAAAAAUCUCUGCAAGAUUAUAAUAAUCAACAACAAUAUACCUCAUUACAACCUCAACCACAGCAAAGCUAUAGUGCUCAAAUACAAAGGAUAAUACAAGGCUACAGCGCUCCACAACAACCGCAACCACAAACACAACAACAGUCACAACAACGACCUCAACAAGGUUAUUUACCACCACAACAACAGCAACCAUCAACACAACCACAGCCAAGCUAUGGAACACCAACACAACAACAGCAACUUUCAACACAACCCCAACCAAGCUAUGGAACACCAACACAACAACAGCAACUUUCAACACAACCCCAACCAAGCUAUGGAACACCAACACAACCCCAACCAAGCUAUGGAACACCAACACAAUCACAACAACCAAUACCACAAGCUCAGCCAAGUUAUGGACCUCCACCACAACAACAGCAAUCACAACCACAGCCAAGUUAUGGACCCCCACCACAACAACAGCAACCACAACCACAGCCAAGUUAUGGACCUCCACCACAACAACAGCAACCACAAUCACAGCCAAGUUAUGGAUCUCCACCACAGCCAAGUUAUGGACCUCCACCACAACAACAGCAACCACAANCUCCACCACAACAACAGCAACCACAAUCACAGCCAAGUUAUGGAUCUCCACCACAGCCAAGUUAUGGACCUCCACCACAACAACAGCAACCACAACCACAGCCAAGUUAUGGACCUCCGCCACAACAACAGCAACCACAACCACAGACAAGUUAUGGACCUCCACCACAACAACAGCAACCACAGCCCCAGCCUAGUUAUGGACCACCACAACAACAGCAACCUCAACAACGACCACAGCAAAGUCACAACACACCACAAUUUCAGCCAAGUUAUAACCCUCCUCUACAACAACAACCAAUGUCACAACCCCAGCCACAAUCAAAUUAUGGACCUCCUCCACAACAACAACCAAUGUCACAACCCCAGCCACAAUCGAAUUAUGGACCCCCUCUACAACAACAACCAUCGCAACAACCUCAGCCAAAUUAUGGACCUCCGCCACCAACACAACAACAACCAUUGCCUCAGCCUCAGCCGAGUUAUGGAUCACCACAACAACCACAGCAGCCAUUACCACAACCAAGGCCAAGUUAUAGUCCUUCAUUGCAGCAACCGCCACAAACAAACUAUGGUUCACCACCACAACAACCCCAACCAUUGCCACAGCCAAGUUAUAGACCAUCACUUCAACAGCAGCAACCACAAACGAAUUAUGGUCCACCACAACAACAGCCACAACCAUUUCCACAGCCCCGGCCAAAUUAUGGACCACCUGCUCAACAACAACAACCUUUGCCACAACCAAGUUAUAGCCCCCCUCAGCAACAACAACCCUUGCCACAACCUCAGCCAAGUUAUGGACCUCCAACAUCACAACAACCUUUACCACAACCAAGUUAUGGACCACCAAUCCAACAGCAACAACCAACAGCACAACUCACAUCAAACUGUAACCAUCCACAGCAGCAACAACCAUUGCCUCAACCACAUCAAAACUAUGGAUCACCUCAACAAGCACAGUCUACUCAAUCUUCAACAUCAUAUGGUGCACCAGUACAAAGUACUAUAGCUCCUCAAGAAAAUUACGGAAGUCCAAAACCAUUCAGUGCAAGUACUUUUCAAUCUAAUCAGCCGACUGUAGUACAGUCAAUCAGUUUUGGAAUACCAUCACAAUCGUUUAACACACCAAAUCAACUAUUGGGGAUGUCACAGAAUCAAAAUGGGUAUUCCUAUAGCCCUCCCGCAGUUCAGCAACAAAAUAAUCAAUUUCAAGGUUAUUCUUACAACCAACCAACUCCAAGACCAAAUCAACAGCCACAACAAUCCAAGCAGCCCAGUUUUACCUACACUACAUCUCAAACGCAACCUCAGAAUAUACCACAACAGGUUGGUUAUUCAUACAAUCCACCACAACCAGUUACACAACAAAAUAAUGCGAGACCUCCCUCAUCAUCGCCACCUCAAUCAUCAUAUGGGAUACCACAGCAGCCUCAAACUUCUCCUCCAUCAAACAAUUAUAGUCCUCCAAAGCCGCAAGCCCAACCACGACCUCAGGGCAGUUAUAUUUAUACUGGUGUUCCUGCAACGAGUACACCAAGACCACCGCCAUCUCAGCUUGGAUAUAGUUACAGUCCAGCUCAAGUUCAGAUUACUCAGGUACAAUUUAAACCACAGCAGACCGCAGCAGGGACAGGAGGAUACAACUAUAACCCCCCAUCAAUACCGUUCACAACGCCGGCCCCACAAACCAAUUCCCAGUCACAAUUUCCAUAUAGUGGGCCGACGCAAUCGCCUUUGCCAACGUUCACGACGUCUUCGCCAACACAAACUUACAGCGCGUCUGCAAUCUCACCUUCGAUAGUUACUCCAAACGUAAGGAACUUAAACUACCAGUCAUCGAAGCCUAACGCACAACCGAACGGAUCAUUAUCACCGUCACAGCCUUCCAGUAGUUAUUUAACACCAAAACCUGGCCAGUCUAGUACACAGACCCAAUCAGCGGGCUACGGAUCGCAAACACAACAACCGAAGCAAAUAAUACGAUUUGAUGAGUUCGCAGCUCCACAGUCCGAAUCACAGCCGCAACCUGUGUACGGCUGAGUAAUUUCUGACUGGUACCACGAAUGGUUAAGUUCGUACAUGGAUGGAGUUCACCAUCUAGUCUACCAAUGUCACUAGACUGUUUAAAGGAAUAAUUUUUAUCAGCCAUAAAAAAAUGUUACAUAUUUAUAGCAUUUAAUGAAAUUAAGUAGUUUGUGAUGUUCCACAUUUUUUAAUCAACGAAUUACAGUAAGAACAUCAACUUUAACAUGACAAAUUUUAUUAUACUACUUAUAACUACAUAUUGAUUAGACAAUUUCAUUGUAAAUACAUUUUACUUAAGUAUUUCAUUCUAUUAUAAUUAUAAUAUUAUAUAACAACUUUUUUUUUGCUUGUAAAUAGUACGCUAAAUCGUCUGUUUAAGAAUAUACAUUUAUAAUAAUAUAAUAUUUAAAUAUGCAUAAAUAUUUUGUAUAUUUUUCACUAAAUAAAAAAUACAAAUCGGGACUUAAAGUAUUUCGAAACUGCCGUAUAACAAAAUGUUCCGCUGUGUGCUGAUAUGUUUUAUGUUUAUGUACUUAAAAUUGUAAUGUAAAUUCUCGAUUUGAGGAAUCGGUCGCUUCCAACUAUGAACUAGUUCAUCUAAUUUGGCUUAAUUCAACAUUUUAAAGUCAAACAACAGUAAAAUUWUUUAAUUAUAUAAUGUUUUGAUGAACAUUUAAACCGACCGAAUAUCACCAAGUAAAAUAUUAUUAUAAAAGAUGUAAUAAUUCUAAAAUGUAUUUAUUUUUUUACUAUUUUCCUAUAGGUCAGUCGUGUAUUGAAUACAUAUAAUGAUAUGUAAUUGUCAAUCUUAACAGUAAGAUAAAAUGAUAUGUAUCAUUGUACAAGUCCUUUAACAAAUUCCCGAUAAUAACAAUAAUAGUGGAAUUUUAAGUUUUAUGCUUUAAAUAGACAUAAAAGCACAUAAAAUCUCUGAUUAAAUUUAAACGUUUUUAAAAAAGCUCAACAAUCACAUUAACAACUUUAAUCAAUUAAUUAAUUAACAUGUUYGAAUUUCUAAAAUACUAGUACUAAAAAAACCGUUAAUAUUAUAGUGUAAUAUAAAUUUAUCUUGUUAAAUUUAAAUGCCAAUUAAUUUAUAUCCAACUACAGACCAUUAUAAAUUGGCGGUUUAUUUAAUAAAUCUAUACAUUAUUGCGUUUAUUCUAUUCUUUAUAAUUAGUUAAAUUAUUAUCAUUUAUUAUUAGGUAUUAUUUUAAUUAAUUUUUUGGAAGAAUCAACACUGAAAAUAUAUAGACCUUAUAGAUCUCAAACGUGUGACAGGUACAGUGUUUUCUAAUACUGAUACAAUUUCAUUUCUAAUUCUAAAUUUUU